AUGUCGGCGUCCUCGUCAUCUCGAAGUUUCUUGCCAGCCGCGUCGAAACUGCUGCAGGCGACGCAAUCUUCUUGCUACAACAACCCUAGAAUUUUUCUCGCUACGGCGACGCGUACGAGUGCCAGGACAACAAGUGUGAAGAACUGCAGGAGGCAAGAUCAACAGGGCCGCGGUUCUUGUGGGAGCAGCACAUCCAGCAGCUCCUCAAGUGCCUCUACUUCUACUCUCGUAAAGGUAAAAAACUGCCCAGCGGGUGAACUACACGUAGGUCAACAUCAAACAUCAGGUCGCACACAACUACUUCGACCGCAGGGGUGGCCGCGGCCCACCGAUUCUGAUCCGCAGUCGACGCCACUUUUUGAUGUUUUUCCCGGAACAGGUAGGUCUAGGUGGCCAGAAGAACCGGUUGCAAUGGCUUACGGACAUCAAAAUCUCUUCCGACCCGCGACCACGCACCAGAGGACCGGCUCUCUCGUAGUUUUCAGCCACGGUCGCGGGGACAGCACCAGGAGCAGUUCACUUGUUCAUCAUCCCAGAUUUUUCCAUCAUCGUCCUGCUCCCAUCAGUGCUGGGAGAAGCAGAGCACAACAACUUUCACUGUCACAGAUGCGAGCUUUUUCAUCAUCUUCUUCCCCUGCGAAGGUGAAAGUGAUGUGGAUUUACGAAAAGGACGGCCAGAAGAUAGGGCCCUGUGAGGUGAAACCGCACCAGACCAUGUUGGACUGCGCACACGACCACGACAUCGAAAUAGAAGGUAUACGAUAGGAACUGAAAGGGUCAUGCUAAAAAAGCUUGUCAUGCGAAACGAGGACAUGAUACUUAUCGAUAUCCACACAAAAAAAAAUGCUGAGUGUUCUGAUGCGCACCAUGAUCUUCAUGCGUGGUCUCACAUCAAUAUCAUACAUCAUUCAUCAUUUGAUCAGGUGCCUGUGGAGGCAAUGCUGCCUGUUCGACGUGUCACGUGUACCUAAGCGAAACGGAUUACAACAAAUUUCCGGAGCCUGAUAUGAUCCGCUCACACGCGACAAUCUCAAGCGUUACAAUAGAAUAGUGAAAAUCUGUGAUGCAAGAGGUGCGUGAUAUCUAGCCAACUCUCAUAGAAUUGCGCAUGACAAGUUCGUCCGGAGGCCGCAACCGCACUACAACCUGGCGAGAUCUGUGUUGCAGCAAGUGGAAUGCUUUCCGAGUCUGUCAUGCUCGUCACGCAGUACAAAGUCCAGACUCUAUUGUAACAGUUGAGAUUGUAACGUCUGAGCAGGUCACACCUGACGAAGACGAGCUGGACAUGCUGGACCUGGCCGCGUAUGAAUUGCAAAAGCAUCGCACUCGUAUAUGUAAUCAUGCAUUACAAAUCCUGUUCUUGAGGCAAAUUAGCAUUACAGAUUGGGGAGGGGCAAAUUAGCAUUACAGAUUUCCCGGCGGGAUAUAAGUUGGGGAGCACUGAUAGAUAAAAAGGCAGCAUGCACAGGGGAGAGUGGCCCCUGUUGCAAUGCUGACCUAUAAAGAAAGACAAAGAUCACGCAGAUCCGUUUUUUACAAGCAAACGACCCACGCAUUGCGGGGCGGGAUCCGUAUCGUGAAAGAUCCAGUAGCUUUUCUAGUCUAUGUUGUGCCCCUUACUAGUUUGCCGUCGAGUAGAAGUAGAGCUGAUUUUAUUGCAAUUGCCGCCUUUGCGAUAUUGUUUAGCGGACCCCGCCAAAAUACCCUCAUGCGUUUCCCGAGUAAAUCAGUUGCAACUAGAAGCAUCCCCGUCCUGCUUCGGCACACCCCAUCUACCUAGUCGCUCCUGGGUAGAUGUGGGGAUUUUUUGUCUGGGCUUCUUUCUGCUUAAUUAAUCUGACAGGGGCUGCGUCUUUUUUUUCUGCCUUGCCAGCAGAGUAUGUAUGAAAGGGGGGGAUUGACGGAAGUGGCGCGAGACCUUGGUGCUGGAGCAGAGGACAAGAGUGGAAAUGGUACAAACAAAAAACAAGCACUAAUAUACCCGCGCCAUCUGCUUAACUGUGUGAAUUAUUGUGUCGGCCCGGUACUGUUUAGUCGCAGGUCGGUGUCCGUGAGAUCAGAAUUCACAUGUUAAGUAACGCACACCGGCUCCUAGCUUAAAAAAAGUGAUGAAUUUAUAUGCGAAUGGGGCCCAAUCAAAAAAAAAAAAAAUUAGCAUUACAGAUUUUAUUUCUCAUGCUGAGGAAAUUUGUAAUGCAUUUACUACGAGUGCGAUACUUUUACUUUUGCACUGGAUACCGCGGGCCUGAAAGAGGGCACCAGCCGCCUGUGCUGCCAACUCCGCGCCAGGCACAUACAAGACCAAAGCAGCGGUGGAAGCGGCGGGGCUCCUGCUGCACCGGAGACGUAUCCAGUGCAAAAGUAUCGUACUCGUAGUGAUUGCAAUUAUGCAUUACAAAUCUCCAUGCCAAGGUGAAACAGCACCACAAAUUCCAUUUGUCAUGCUGAAGUAAUUUGUAAUGCAAUUACUACUUCUAGUACGAUGCUUUUGCAAUGCAUAACGCGCUAGUUCUAACGAUACCGAAGGAGACAAACAACUUUUUCGACAUGUAGGACAACUUCUGCAAGUAGAACGGGGUCUACUUUUCGUGUCACCUCUAUGAGGACCAAAAGAACAUCGAGUAACUCUAAGGCGCCGGGUCGUGUCCUCGCUCCGACGGCGAUGAUUUUCAGUUCUUCAUCCCAAAACAGAUGAAACUCAGCCGCUUUUUUGAAGUAGAAUAUCCGCAUCACCCGUGAAGAGAAACUUUUUGAAGCAAAUUCAAAGCGAGAAUCAAUAAUAAACUCAAGCUUGAACUACAAGGGUAAACAAGCAUCAUCUUCGUAUGGAAAUGAGCUGCGCCUACAAGAGCUGCCACUGGUUCAU